AUGUGGAAAACUAUCAAUCAACUCACAAAUAAGAAGUUGAAAACAACAAAUAUUAAUGAAUUGGUCAUUGACCAAAAAAUUAUCACAAAACCAGACCAAAUAGCAGAUGCUAUGAAUAAUUAUUUUAAUGAAAUUGUACCAGCUCUGGCAAGUAGUCUUCCAAGUGGGCAUAGUUGUUUUGAAACUUAUAUCAACCCUAUUAACACUACAUUUGAAAUUCAAGAAAUUGUUGCUUUGGAUGUUACAAGUGAAAUUUUGAGGAUUAAAACCUCAAAAGAUACUGGACACAAUCGAAUAUCACCAAAACUUCUGAAAGAUAGUGUAGAAGUUAUUGCCAAUUCUCUCACAAAUAUAUUUAAUAAAUCCAUUGAAAAAGGCAUAUUUCCUGAUGACUUCAAGAUUGCAUGCAUAUCUCCUAUACAUAAAGGGGAUAGCAAACUAGAAUGUAGUAAUUACAGACCAAUAUCUAUUACAUCUGUUGUAGCAAAAGUGUUUGAAGCUCAUCUCCAGGCAAUUAAUUGA